CGGGACCAGGGGCGGAGCUUUGUGAUGGCCGCAGAGGUGCUGGGAAGGGGGAAAGUGUGAGGCGGACAGCAGCGGGGAGAAGAGCAGGACGGCCCGGCUAGGGGAGGCCGAGGACGGGACAUCUGCCCGGCCUGACCUGUAACCUGACAUGGCCACAGCCUCACCAGGGCCGGCUAAUAGAAAUAGUCAUGAAGGUUUACAGCUGCACGUGACAGUGUCUUGUGCCAAACUGAAGAAGAAGAAGAAUUGGUUUGGAACAGUCUAUACAGAAUUAGCUGCUGAUGGGGAAACAAAGAAGACGGCAAAAGCAAGCAGUUCCAGCAAUCCAAGAUGGGAGGAACAGUUAACUGUGAAGGUAACCCCGCAAACUACACUUGAAUUCAAGGUAUGGAGUCACCAUACGUUGAAAGCUGAUGCGUUGCUUGGCAAAACCGUUGUGGACCUGAGGCAAGCGCUGGAAACACAUAAUAGAAAAUUGGAAAGAGUAAAAGAGCAAUUGAAGCUGUCUUUAGAUGGCAAACAUGGCACAGUCCAGACUGGCGAGCUGACGGUCAUCUUAGAUGGGUUGAGUGUAGAACCAGAGUCCCAGGCAACAUGUAAUUCCACAGCCCCAGCACCCGUAGAAAUUCAACAAAACGGAGAUGCGAUCUGCGAAAACGGAGGCGAAUGUUCGUCGGACAUUAGAGCCGGAUCUUCUAGUGACGUUCCCAAUGGGACCUCUAAUGAAACCCCAUCCAGUUACGCCGAGCAGAAUGCCUUCAAUGCACAACUAGCGAACGGAGACGGCACUCGCUCCCCUUCUCAUGUUGCAGCCAGACCCAAAAAUACACCAGCACCAAAUCCACUUACUGCACAGGCUGGCACUAGAACUGUUAAUGGCACAGCUGCUGCACCAGAAGCCAAUAGCACAUCUUGCCAUGAAGCGGCAGCGGCUCCUGCAGAAUCCCUCAUAUCAGAUUGCACGGACUCUAUGGCUAACACACACACAGCAACUAAUACCACUUCUGAAAGUGGCACACCCGCUGCUAGUGCUGCUCCUGAACCUGUAAGGGCUACGGACUCUGUGUCAUCCUCCGCUGCUGGCAGCUCGAGUCCCGAAGCAGGGAAGCCAAGGCAAUCGUCUGCUGCUGCCCCUGUGGAUCCUGUGAGACAGCAGCCUGGCACCGCCGCAGAGCCUCUGCCAUCUGGGUGGGAGCAACGAAAGGAUCCUCACGGUAGAACCUAUUAUGUUGAUCACAACACAAGGACUACAACUUGGGAACGACCACAGCCUUUACCACCUGGAUGGGAAAGAAGGGUGGAUGACCGAGGUAGGGUUUACUAUGUUGACCAUAAUACUAGAACUACAACAUGGCAGAGGCCCACCAUGGAGUCUGUCCGGAAUUUUGAGCAGUGGCAGUCGCAACGCAAUCAACUCCAGGGAGCUAUGCAGCAGUUCAACCAGCGAUACCUCUAUUCGGCUUCAAUGUUAUCAGCAGAAAACGAUCCCUUGGGUCCUUUACCACCAGGCUGGGAAAGAAGAGUGGACUCUACAGACCGAGUGUAUUUUGUCAAUCACAAUACAAAAACGACACAGUGGGAAGACCCUCGAACUCAAGGUUUACAAAAUGAGGACCCUCUGCCCGAGGGCUGGGAAAUUCGGUACACAAGAGAAGGGGUAAAGUACUUUGUAGAUCACAACACAAAGACCACUACUUUCAAUGACCCCCGGACUGGAAAGUCAUCCGUGACUAAAGGACCACAGAUUGCUUACGAGCGCAGUUUUCGGUGGAAGCUCGCCCAUUUUCGUUACUUGUGUCAGUCAAACGCCUUACCAAGCCAUGUGAAGAUAACAGUUUCCAGGCAGACACUAUUCGAGGACUCUUUUCAACAGAUAAUGGCGCUGAAGCCAUAUGACUUAAGACGACGAUUAUACGUUAUGUUCAGGGGCGAAGAAGGUCUGGAUUAUGGAGGUUUGGCAAGAGAGUGGUUCUUCCUCCUCUCCCAUGAAGUGCUCAAUCCCAUGUACUGUUUGUUUGAAUACGCCGGUAAAAGCAAUUACUGUCUGCAGAUCAACCCGGCCUCCACCAUCAAUCCCGAUCACCUGUCAUACUUCUGCUUUAUCGGACGUUUUAUCGCUAUGGCUUUGUUCCAUGGCAAGUUCAUCGAUACAGGAUUCUCUCUUCCAUUCUACAAACGGAUGUUGAGCAAAAAACUCACCAUCAAAGACCUGGAGUCCAUUGAUCCGGAGUUCUAUAACUCCCUCAUAUGGAUCAGAGACAAUAACAUUGAAGAAUGUAACUUGGAGAUGUACUUUUCUGUGGAUAUGGAGAUACUGGGAAAAGUCACAUCCCAUGACCUCAAACCUGGGGGAUCCAAUAUCCUCGUUACCGAGGAGAACAAGGAAGAAUACAUCGGUCUUAUGGCUGAAUGGAGAUUUUCGCGAGGCGUCGAAGAACAAACCAAAGCAUUUCUCGAUGGCUUUAAUGCCGUUGUCCCGCUACAGUGGCUGCAGUAUUUUGAUGAAAAAGAGUUAGAGGUAAUGCUGUGUGGUAUGCAAGAAGUGGAUCUAUCAGACUGGCAGCGGAACACAGUCUACCGCCAUUACACCAGAAACAGCAAGCAGAUCAUCUGGUUUUGGCAGUUUGUGAAGGAGAUGGACAAUGAGGUCCGCCUGCGGUUGCUGCAGUUUGUCACUGGCACCUGUAGGUUACCUCUAGGAGGAUUCGCGGAGUUGAUGGGAAGCAACGGUCCUCAGAAGUUCUGCAUUGAAAAAGUCGGGAAGGAAACAUGGCUGCCAAGAAGUCAUACAUGCUUCAAUCGCCUGGAUCUACCACCAUAUAAAAGCUACGAACAGUUGAAAGAGAAGCUGCUUUUUGCCAUUGAAGAAACAGAAGGGUUUGGCCAGGAAUGAGCAGCAGCUGCAUUAGGUGGUUAUGGACAUCUAUUUUCUGCCCAGCCAAGUAACAUUGCACACUCUUAAAUGUACAUAAGCUGUGUAGUCUGUACAGUGAACUUUCUGAUACUAAUGAGUAGAGAUUUCUGUUCUUCCACAUAGAUAUGCAAACACUUUAGCCUUUUUCUAUUUUUAUUUAUUUUUUUUCCUCCAAAAUGACUGAAUAGAAAAAAAAAAAAUAAUAAUAAUAAUAACUUUUAAUUUUAAAUGCCGACUGAAAACUUUAUUUUAAGAUUUAUAUAUCUAUGUGUACGUACCGAGAACUCUAGUUUUAUAGAGUUGGAGGUCUAUAAGACAUCACAGCCAUUUGAUGAGGCCUGGACUUGCUUUAAUUCCGUACAAUAGUGGCUGUUCACAUGACAUCUUAUCAACAGAUGUCUAUUGCAUGGCUGCCAACAAAAGCUGUUGAAAGCUAAUGCCAAAAAAAUAAAAUAAAAAAGUUACAAAAAAAUUAAUAAAUUUCUUGAGUAAAACAUACAAGAAAAAAAAAAAAAAAAAACCUGCUGCUGGCUUUAUAAGAUGGCAGAAUACGCACAGUUCUGUCCUUCAUUUAUUUCAGUGUGAUAGCCGAUAUUUUUAUUUUUUGUUGAAUGGAGCAAACGUAGCCAAGGCCGAGAGUGGAGCCGCGCAGAAUUAGUUUUAUCCGGAUUCUUAACCCUAUAGUACAAGGGGCUCACAGCUGCAUUGCUCCGCAGUGGGUUGUGAUUCGCCGCCCUUUACGUGGAAAGUGUUAGCAGGAGAACAAGUGGCGCGCAUUGCCACGGGAAAGAUUUUUAGGUACAGGACAGAAAGGAAAAAAAUAAAAGAAAAUUAUACGUCUUGGAUGAAUAUCAGAAGUACAAUGCAAACCUUUAAAAAGAAGUCAAAUAAAUUUUUUUAACCUCA